CAGCUGACUCUCCGCUGCUUCUCCUUUUGAUGCUGUUCCGGGCUUCCGCCUCGUCCCACCGACCGUCCCUGCACCAUUCAUAGUAUUAUUGCUCUUAUUCACCUCCUCUGGCCCCGAGUUAGACACCUUGGCGUCCAGUACCUGCGGUGCAGCCGGAGACCACCGAAUCGAUGCUGCUGGAGUGGAUGAUGAACGGACACGCCAUCCUGUACACGGGGGUCACUUUGGCCUUCUGGAGCACCAUAUUAAUCGUCGGUAUUUGCUACACCAUAUUUGACCUGGGCUUCCGGUUUGACGUGGGAUGGUUCCUCACAGAAACGUCUCCCUACAUGUGGGCCAACCUGGGCAUCGGCCUGGCCAUCUCUUUGUCUGUGGUGGGAGCCGCCUGGGGCAUCUACAUCACCGGCUCCAGCAUCAUUGGUGGGGGUGUGAAGGCCCCUCGAAUUAAGACGAAGAAUCUGGUUAGCAUCAUCUUCUGCGAAGCUGUCGCCAUCUAUGGAAUCAUCAUGGCUAUUGUCAUCAGCAACAUGGCCGAGUCCUUCAGCGGAACGACCCCGGAGACUAUUGGGGUGCGGAACUAUCAAGCUGGGUACUCCAUGUUUGGAGCAGGACUCACCGUCGGCUUCUCCAAUCUCUUCUGCGGCAUCUGCGUGGGCAUCGUGGGCAGCGGUGCGGCCCUGGCCGACGCCCAGAACCCCAGCUUGUUUGUUAAGAUCCUCAUCGUGGAAAUCUUUGCGAGCGCCAUCGGCCUGUUCGGCGUGAUCGUGGCCAUUCUGCAGACGUCGAAGGUAAAGAUGGGCGAUUAAAGCUGCUUCUCUAAAUGAAAUGACACCGCUGGAAAAACAGAUGAAUUAUUGUGUAAAUACAUGGUAAAUUAUUUAAAUGUCUGUACGCUGGGUCUGGUUCAGUCGUUCGCACAAGUGUGGCUCUGAACUGCACCUCUGUUCUCAGCACUGUGCCGACGACGAGAGUAUUUCAAAACCCUGUGUGUGUGCUGGACAUGUGGUCUUUUUUCUCUCUGUGAAGCAUGCGUGUGAUCAUGUGUCACGUCUGUCCCUUUUUUGUUACUCUUCUCUGAUGUGUUUGUGAUUCUCGAACCCACAAGAGCCCAAAUACACUACUUAGCAGAUAAGUUUAAAGAGUUUAAAUUGGAACUUCACUCAUACAUUUGUCAUCAUUUAACAGGUUUGUGCUCAAUCUUUUGAAAUUUGACUGUUUACAUGACAUAAUCAAUGUGAUAUUCUGUGUAUAAAAUAUCAGUUCUACUUUGUUUUUUGUUUGUGUUCAUGUUAAAAUAUUUUUUAAUCACUUAAACAUUCCCUAAAAUUAUUUGUAUUUGGGCCUUCGAAGUUGAACUUCUGAUUUAAUGCAGCCGUCAUUUGUCUCAUUCUGUUGGAACAGAAACACAUUUUCAAAUCUCUAGGAAUAUCGUACUCGCCAGAAUACUGUUUCUGUUCACCUCCAUUCUGGCUAUUCUGUGUGAAGUCAAGGAAACUGGUUUAUGUGUGUCGGGUGGACCAGAAGUCGACCAACUAUAGUGGUUAAAGUUAUCACAUUUUCAGUGACUGUAGUUGGUGCCGUGUGUGUUGACGUAGUGGUGGUCAGAACAAAUGGAUUCUCUGGCUUCAUGUGUGUGAUGUAAAAAGAAUAAAAUCAUCAUCAAACACA